CUUCUUUCAAAAAUUCGUUUUUUUAAUAAACAUUUUAAUAAUUUUUUUAGACAAAUUUAUCGGAAUUUUUUGAAAUUUAACAGAUCCAAACGUAUUGAUGGAAAUUUAGAUAAAUUGAUUUGGGAAAAAUGAUUUAACAAAAUCACAAAUGGUCAAUUGUGUAUUUUAGGUUUUCAAACACCUUUCUUGUAUUAAAUUUAAAUAUCAAGCUUUAUCUGUGCACGCGAAAAUUCUACAAAUGUGCCUGAAUAUUUAUCGAUAUUUUAAAGAAAGUCGACAUAUUAUCAGAAAAACCUAGACCACCUUUAAAACGAAGAAUUAUCGAAUUUAUGUUUACAUGAACCAUACUUCUCAGAAUUGGCCGAGGAAUCACUGCCGCUUGAAAUCUGAUCUGAUACAUUGAUAGAUCUCUUUAUUUUUCAUAGUUCAUUACAAAGCACGCGUGAUUCUACAUCCAAAUCAUUAUAGCACAAUUUUUUUUUUAUAUUGCGAGUAUGAAGCUUGAAAAAAUCUUUGCACAUUUCAAACUUUUGAUUCUUGGAAAUCACUGCUGUUUAUGAAAUGAGAGACUAACAUUGAAGGGGUUAUUUUUCACUAUAAUAAGGAUCAAGGAUAUUUUAUCGUUUAGUGGUUUUGAUGAGUUUAGUUACCAAGUGAUUUUUAACACGUUUCAUUUUAAUCUCAAAUAAAGCGGCCUUACAAAAUUCAUAAAACAACGAAAUAUUAGAAUAGUCGAAAAAUAAUGCAUCGAAUAGAUGUUUAGGAAAAAAUAUUCACCAAAUCGACUGGUGAAAAUGUUUUUAAACUUAACUGAAGGACAUGCUAUAUGCUAUAGGCGUUCAGAUUGUCAGGCAUAUAUCCCAAGUAUAAAAAAUGCCAAAAGGAUUGACUCCGUACUUCUCAUGCAUUGAUGUGAACCUAUUUCAUAUAGUUGCAAUUCAGAAAUACAAUAGAAAAUAUGAGUUCUUAAAUGUAUCACAUAAAUAAUUCUCUUGCAAUGAGUUUAGAAAUCCCUAGCUACAAAAGCAAAAAUGAGAUUUGAGCAAAAUUGAAAUUUAUCUGUUCUUUACAACAAGGAAUUUCUGAAUAUCGGAGAUUGUCAAAUAGUCAUCCAAUUAAUGAUGUUACCUAGCAUUGUUGGAAAGAACCGUGUGGCGCUUGAAAAAGUAGUAUAUGUAGAAGCUUUUUAAACAGUUUAAAAUCAUGAUGUGGUGAGCUGGCAUCUAUUCUAUUUUUGGCUUUCAUUUUUUCAAUACAUUUCCUGUAGUAAAAAUAUCUAUAAUUGGUUUUGGAAACCCAUGUACUACAUGUAUGCAAUAUAAUAAUUAAUGAGCCUAUUAAUUACCCUUUUCGUUGUAACACAUUUAAAAACACAAAUUCUAAAUAAACGUCCAGUGAAAAAGAACAUCUUCACUCCAGAUUUCACGAUACUGGGAAAUAACAAGCGAAAAUAAAUCUUUCAAUCUUCCCGAUUUACAAAUUGUGUAUACAGUAAAAUUCUAAAUUAACCAUUUGGUUUUCCUGCUAAACACUCAUUUGCGCUGUUCUAUUUCAUACGGAACUUUACCAGUACAGUUUUUACUAGUGGGGGCGGAAUAUUGCUCUGACGUCUGCAUGAUAUAUUUUUGUUUUAUGAUCCAUGUUGGUUGUGGAACCUGUACAGACACAUGUAUAUUUGUUUGGAAAUUGAGAGUUUCACGUUAACCUUGCCAGAGGUCAUUCACGGAACAAUUUGAAUAAAAUACGUCCGAAUAUUGAUUACAUAUUCGACCUGACGAUAACCAACCAUAUAUUAUGAAAGAGUAUCAUAACACAAAUAUGAAUUUAGAAUUCUACUUUGAAAACAGUAGGACUGGUCCUUCUAUCUUAUUGAUGGCAUUAGGAUUUUCAAUUCCUUUUGAGCCUUUCUUAAUGAAUGCCUAAAGACACUCAAUUAAAAUAGGCAUUAGAGAUGCCAAAAAAGAACUGAAUCUCCCAGCGCCAUCUAUGAGAUAGUAGCAGAACACUUAACUCUUUUCAAAGUGGUUUUUCAAUUUAGUUUCUUGUUCUGCUACAGUUUCAUGGAUGGCGCUAAUGUCUUUCAGUUCCUCUUUUGAACGGCAACAGUAUGUGGCUGGUAGAAUCCGUAAAUCAAUGAUUCCAAUAAGUGUAAUGUGUGAGAAAUAUAGAGUCAUUCCAGUCACCAUUUUUCCAUUACAGAAUGAAUGAAAUGAAUCUCGACAUUUGAAUCUAGUUCUAAAUAAAUAGAGUGAACAAGGCGAUAAACAUUAAAACCUACAAUCUCGCGAGUGCUAGAACUCUCCCGCGAUGUCCUACCUCCGCAAACAUCACCAAGGCUCCUCAGGGAUGCUCUCCUCAUCUACUCCAACCCCGCCCAGUCGAACGCACCGGUCGCAGUCCCGCCCGCGCAGUCACUACGGGGGCGGAGUCACAUCCUCAUCGUACUCCUCCCCGUACAGCUCAUGGGCGGGGCCAGGCAGCCACGCCUCAUCGGCUUCAGCCUAUCAGAGCCCGUAUUUUCCGAACGGCUACCGAGGCAGCGCUGGCGGUUACGCGAGCUUGGCCAUCCCCGCCAAAUCGGUGUUGCAGACGUUGAGUAAGAAGUACGAGAACGCGAGCGUCAAUGGAGGCGGGGCACAUGUCAGUAGGCGGGACAGACUGGGCAGGGCAGGGAGUUACAGAGAGAGGUCGCUGUCGAGGUCAUCCAGGGCGUCACCGCUGUCGUCGACGUCUAUGGGAUCCAGGUCCAUCAGUUUGACAUCGUUGAAUUCCGAAGGAUACGUUAGUGGUUCUGAGCGAAGCAGCAGGUCCCGACUGAACAGUACGUCAGAUAUUCGAAACGAAAAUGGCGAGAUCGACUAUAAAAAACUGUACGAGCAACAAUUAGCUGAAAACGACAGGCUAAAAGACAAGCUUAGGAAAUCCGAAGAAGAACUUAGGGACACCAAGCAAACGCUUGAGAAACUCAAUGUAGUGACGAGUAAGAAUUCAUUGUCCGAGUUAGAAAAACGAGAAAGGAGAGCGAUGGAACGAAAACUUAGCGAAAUGGAAGAGGAACUUAAGCAAUUGCAAAAACUGAAAGCAGAGAAUGAACGUUUAAAGGCAGACAACAGGUCCCUUACGCGCGUCAUCAACAAACUUACCAACUCUGCGAAAAAAUAAACCUAGAAAACCUACGAUCAGAAAACCAGAGGCUGAAAGAUGAAAAUGGAGCGUUAAUCAGAGUAAUCAGCAAACUCUCAAAAUAGCAUAGGUUUUAUCAAUAAUUAUUUAUCAUAGUAUCAUCUACAUCAUCGUUAACGACCGAUAGCAUUUUUUUUCGUUAAAUGUAAAAUAUUUAUUGUUAGAUAUAUAAAUAUUGCGAGAGGUCUCCUUCCAGUAGUUCGGAAAAGCAUCAAGCAAUUUCAUAAUGGAUUUAUAUACUCGUAAACUAGAUAACAAUUCUAGUUGAGAACUGAGAUGAUUUCGGCGGUCAGGCUUCAUCCCAUUAUGGAGAUUACUUGCUUAUGCCAUCGAAGAUCUUAUUACUGCAAUAUUGGUGUCCUUAUCUAUAGUAUUUAAUGAACAGAAUGAAAUCAAAACGGCCAGAGAAUAGGUAAUUUUGUACUACAAUUUUGGCGACAGAAAUGUUUUUGGUAAUAUUGUUGGAUCAUAAUGAUAUGUUGAAAUUGGCGUCAUGAUAGGGCAGGAGCAUUUGCCGCGAUUUUGAUAAACCCGUUUGUUCGAAAAUCUUGUGUGAAAAAAUAAUAGAAACAAUUUUGUUCGGAGUUAUUAUUCAUCAUUUUGACGCUAUGAAAAUUUGUCAUAUACUCACUACGUUACAAGAAAUUUAAGGGUGCAGAUACAUGUAUAUUUUCGCUUUUAUAUCGUAGUAUGCGGGGUGCGGAGUAAGUAUCGCGACUGUUUUGGUACGAAUUUUCAACUUUUGCUCCUUGUAUUCAAGAACCAUCAAGAUGUCGAAAAAAACGUAAACAUUUUUUAUAUCAAAUUUGACUUUGGAAAAUAAUAAAUUAGUAGUGUUUUUUAGUCUCAGAUUCUUAGUUUAGCCAUUAUAAGCAGAAACAUCAUUACCUGUACCGUUACCCUUUGAUUUCUCGUAAUCUGCUGACCAUACGGCAAAUUCUUAUAUAAGCUAAAUGAUGAAGAAUUUAAGUCCCUGCAAAAUUGUUUCUAUUACUCUUUUACAUAGGUUCGUUCGGUUUCGAGAUUUUUGAACAAACGAUACCACCAAAAGAAUUAACUGUUGCCCAAAUUGUAGGAUUUCCUUAUAAAAAAAUCUCCCUAGUUCUGGGCGUAUCUUAGAUAGCAUAAUAUCGUGUUACAUAUCAAUGAAAUUGUGUAAACGCUGUUCCGAACAUGGAACACGAGCGAUUGAUCAACCGUCUUUUUUACAUUUUAGUAUUACCGUUUGUAUUUUCUGACAAUAAACAUAAAGAAACAUAGACUUAGAAAGGCAUUCUCUCAUAUCUGUAAUUUCUCCUUCUCUAAUGUGUGAUAUAUAUACCGACCUAUAUACUACUAGCAUCGAAGUUUUAUCAUUCAUUGCCAUGUUUAGAUACUUAACACAUACACGUAAGAGAACAAUGAUCAUUUCAGUAGGAGUCUUUUUUGAUGUUAUAUCAAACAGACAUUGAAAUAUGCACUUUUGUCCACGAAUAUGGGAAUAUUAAAUGGAAAACGAUCGAUUGGUGUCUGCAAAGAAAGUGCAUUGGAGUCAAAAAUGCUGAUUUUUCGAUCAAGAAAUCUUAUGAUGAACCAGAAUGAAAAUUUUUGCAUAAUGUUGUAGGGGUAUGGGACAAAGCGGGAAAGUCGGAAAUGUAAGUGGAGGUUAAAAAGCAGGUGCAAACUUUAAGUUGUGAUUUGCGUAUGUAUUGUUUACGUAUAAAACAAAGUACGUGCAAAAAGCAGGAGGUAUAUUGCGAAACAAAUUUUACGUGUCUACAAACGAUAUUUCAAUGUUUGUUUGAUGAUUCCUGUUAAAAAGAUACCUAUUUCAGGCAUUGGCUUUUAUUACUCCAGUCAAUAUAGCGUAUUUAUAAAUUCGAAGCAAAAAGUAAUGGAGUGAAUUUUUAUGCAUUUAUGCCCGACUGUACCGCCUUUCUCAAAUCUACUACUCAGCAAAGGUGAUCUGAAUGUUAAAGUCAAUCUAGGAUCGAACUUUUGUUACACCACUCCGAUUUUGUGAAAACUUAGCUGACAUCUGACAACGAUACAUCCAUGGAGCUCAUAUACCAGGAGAAACUACGGCGACGCUGUUCGUGCUGUAAAAAAGACCCCGAAACUUGGCGCCUUAAGUAUCAGUGGUGCUUUAACAGGGAUGUUAGGGGAUUUUCCUCCAAAUCUGGGAGAUUUUUACUUGUGGAAUUUUUUGGGGAUAUAAUGUUCUGGGGGAAAUCACUCAUAAAAAGUUUUAUCAAAAAAAAAACAGAUACCUGCAG